AUGCUUUUUUAUUUAGAAAUGCCAAAUAAUAAAUGGUGGAUGUGAUACAGAGUGAAGUCAUGAUGAGGAGGUAACACCUCUCAAACCACACAGCCCCUCAUAUAUUUAUCUGUUUCCUCUUUAGACUCUGAAUCAUUUGUGAACUUGUCAGCCAGAGAAACGGAGAGGAACAAUGAUCACUGCUAGAAAGAGACAAACAUCUUUAUUUCUGAUACUGAUGUUUCACCUAACAGCAGCAGCAGCUGGACAAGGUCUGUACUUGACAGUCAGAGUUGGUGAUGAAGUCUCUUUGUCUUGUGGAAAUGUAAAAUAUGCCAGGAAUAACUGUGAAAGCAUCAUCUGGUUGUCCGUUUAUAACAGCAAAGUAGCAGCUUCAACACUGUUUGAAACUGGACAGAUUCACAAGGAUGCAGCAGCUAAAUCAGACAGACUGAGUGUUACAGCAGACUGUUCUCUGGUUAUAAAGAAGGUCUCAGUGGAGGAUGCUGGUCAGUACAUCUGCAGACAGUUUAUAAACGGGAAACAACAAGGACCAGACUCUUUUGUUCUUCUGUCUGUUGUUAACAUGGUUCAACAAAACCAGAAAGAUAAAAUCCUCUUAAUCUGCUCUGUGAUGGAACUUGGCUACUGUAGACACACAGUGGAGUGGCUGAAGGAGGGAACAGAGGAAAAGUUUUCAGACCAGGAGAAAUCAGGACAGUCCUGCUCUGCUACUGUGACGUUUCCAGCAUCUGUCCGUAACUCAGAGUCAAACCUUCCUCCAGUCCUAAAGUGUAAAGUGACACAUAGUUACACUAACAAAGUGCAGCUGUUUGACUUCAGGCUUCAGUCCUCUGGUGGGAGAACAGAUUCAACAUCAACAACAACAAAACAAGCCACGAUAAAAACAAUCACCACCACACAACCACCUACAACUAAAUCAACAACAAGGAAAUAA